AUGCCCUGUCCAUAUGGAUAUCUUUGUGACACAUCUGGACUCUAUCCGGUCUGUAAGAAAGCUCAGCAUCCAAGCCUGCCCAACACGCCUCCUGCUCCAUGCCACAUCCUCACCAGCACGCCUCCUGCUCCAUGUCACAUCCUCACCAGCACGCCUCCUGCUCCAUGCCACAUCCUCACCAGCACGCCUCCUGCUCCAUGCCACAUCCUCACCAGCACACCUCCUGCUCCAUGCCACAUCCUCACCAGCACACCUCCUGCUCCAUGUCACAUCCACACCAGCACGCCUCCUUCCAAAGGUCAUUGCAUUAGUGGCGAUGUAGGUUACUUUCUCUCCCCUCUCCCCCUCUCCCCCUCUCCCCUUCUCCCCUCUCCCCCUCUCCCCCUCUCCCCCUCUCCCUCUCUCCCCCUCUCCCCUCUCCCCCUCUCCUCCUCUUCCCGUCUUCCCCUCUUCCCAUCUUCCCCUCUCCCCCUCUCCCCCUCUUACCCUCUUCCCCUCUUCCCAUCUUCCCCUCUUCCCCUCUUCCCCUCUCCCCCUCUUCCCCUCUUCCCCUCUCCCCCUCUCCCCCUCUUCCCCUCUUCCCAUCUUCCCCUCUCCCCCUCUCCCCCUCUUCCCCUCUUCCCAUCUUCCCCUCUUCCCCUCUUCCCAUAUUUCCCUCUUCCCCUCUUCCCCUCUCCCCCUCUUCCCAUCUCCUGUCUCCCUCCAUCCAUCCAACAGACACCUGUGAAGCCAUAA